CUCAAAUUGCGACACUUCCUCUUUUCACCCACAGCAUUCCCUUCCCGUUAUCUUUCACUCUGCUUUUUCUGCAUGAAAAAAAGACGAGUCAAGUACUCUAUAUUGUUUCCUGGAAAUGGAGGGCACUGAGUCAACAACUAGACAGGAGAGAACAAAUGGGGAUCAGGGGACAGACAGCAAUGUGCUGCUCUCCAACAAGCCUCUGCAUCGCUUUGUCCAAAAGGAGCCCAGAAGUCUUGGGAUUGUCGUUCUGAUCUUUGGCUGUGCUGAGCUGUUAAUGGGAUUUCAACUGGCCGGCCAAAAUACGGCAUCCUCUAAUGGAAUAUACAUUCCCUUUUGGCAGGGAGCUCUGUUUCUUGCCUGUGGAAUCCUGUCCAUCUACACUGAGUUGCAUCCUUCCAAGAAGAUGGUGACCGUGUGUUUGGCCAUCUAUGUGGUUUCCAUCUUUGGAAUCAUUAUCUCUAUGCUUUACAGGAUUCCCCUCUUAAUUCGGUUUAACUGGAUCGAGCUGCUUGGUAUUGAGGCCAUUUUGUUCAUAUCCUCUUUUUGCGUGUCACUGAUUCUCAUUUUCUUAACUACUGUCGCACGUUUUGCACUGAAGUCCACACAAACCCAGAUCAUCCUCCAGCAAAUUCCACUACCAAGAAGUGAAACAACAUCAAACUGAGGUCAACCUUUUCAAGUAUUCCUCUACGAUAUGUGACACUGUUCUUACUGCAAGUAACCUUCAAAGACAGCAUAAUCACAUGUAAAUAGUUAGUUGUUCUUUUGUGAUGCUUCUUUUGGAACAAAAGUAAUUUCUGUCAUCUCUGUGAGAAAGCUAAUUUAGAACUUAUGGGAACAUAAACACUAAUCUGUCGAGCAUCCCUAAUGUGUCCCUGCUGCACAUCUCUGUAUCUCUUAUGGACCACAUUGACUCAAUGUUUUGACCCAAGCAAGACGCCAUAUGUCUUGUCUUUGGGUGACAUUGGAGCCACUCAACAUUUGUUAGUGCCAUAACUUUGCUAUAAGUGCCAAAACUAGGACAGUAUCUGGUGGUAAUGUUGAUGUUUUAUGACACUGGCAAAGAACCAAAAAAAAAAAGGAGUCCAACCAUAAAAAUUUUUAAUUUAUGUGAUGUUAUGGACAUUUUCUGGAAGCCUUUAAAGCACUGUGCUGUAAACAUUUGCUACCAUCUACAUUACAAAUGUUUGCACAGUUUGAGGAAUUCCAGGAAAAUCUGCAGAAAUCAGACUUUAAAAUGAACUUUUUCUCUUUUUGUAAUGGAGCAUUACAGUUUUUAUAAAAACAGAUAUUUGUUAGAAAUUCCCUUUUUAUUGUUAAUGUCUGACAAUUUGCCUCCUUGCUAGAGCUUUAUUAACUUGGAAACCAUGUGUAUUAUGUAUGAUAAAGACAAGACUGUCAUCUUUUCGGAGAUGCCCAAACUUUUGCAUCUAAUUAUAUCUGCAUUAUUAUUAAUCUUAUUCAUUUUAGACUAUCACUAAACUUUGUACUCAGUACUGUAUGUCUAGCUGAAGGCUUUUCACAGUAUGGCUUAUUGUGACUGCUUGAGUCAGUCAGGUCUGAGUUUUGGUUACAGGUCAGUACGAUGCCUGUGAAUAGUACUACAGGUCUUUAAAAUGUGUAUGUAUCUGUAUUCUGUAUCAGUGUUCUUCAAAGAAGAGGCUAAAACCUGUUGAGGUUGGCAUUAAGAGUAAAGCAAACUUGGAUGAACUCUGGUGAUGUGUCAAAAAUUACUUUAGUUAUGAUAAAAACAGGAAUAGCUG